GCAGAAAGCUGCUAAGUAGCAACUAAAGUGGCAGUGUUUAUUCUGAGACCCUCGGGCAGCCAGACUGUCUUGGCAAAUCUUGAUAAAAUAGCCAUUAUCCAGGCUUCAAUCUAAGGAAUUCCCAGAAGACAGGAGCAUGGAGAGGCACCCGAGGUUCUUGUCGGAGCAGGAUGAGUAUCAGUUUCAACAUCAGGGAGCGGUGGAGCUGCUGGUCUUUAAUUUUUUGCUCAUCCUCACCAUUCUGACAAUCUGGCUAUUUAAAAAUCAUCGGUUCCGCUUCUUGCAUGAAACGGGAGGAGCGAUGGUGUAUGGCCUCAUAAUGGGAUUAAUUUUACGAUAUGCUACAGCACCAACUGACAUCGAAAGUGGAACUGUGUAUGACUGUGGAAAACUGACCUUCAGUCCUUCAACCCUGCUGGUUAAUAUCACGGAGAAAGUUUACGAAUAUAAAUACAAAAGAGAGAUCAGCCAGCACAACGUCAAUCCCCACCAAGGCAAUGCUAUACUUGAAAAGAUGACAUUUGACCCAGAGAUAUUCUUCAAUGUUUUGCUGCCACCAAUUAUAUUUCAUGCCGGCUACAGUCUGAAGAAGAGACACUUUUUUCAAAACUUAGGAUCUAUUUUAACAUACGCCUUCUUGGGGACUGCCGUCUCAUGCAUUGUCAUAGGGUUAAUCGUGUAUGGCUUUGUGAAAGCUAUGAUAUAUGCUGGCCAAUUGAAAAAUGGAGACUUUCAUUUCACUGACUGUUUAUUUUUCGGUUCACUGAUGUCUGCUACAGAUCCAGUGACGGUGCUGGCCAUCUUCCAUGAACUGCACGUCGACCCAGACCUGUACACACUCCUGUUUGGGGAGAGCGUGUUGAAUGAUGCUGUGGCCAUCGUCCUCACCUACUCCAUCUCCAUCUACAGCCCCAAGGAGAAUCCCAACACCUUUGAUGCUGCAGCUUUCUUCCAGUCUGUGGGGAAUUUCCUGGGGAUCUUCGCUGGCUCGUUUGCCAUGGGCUCUGCGUAUGCUGUUGUCACGGCACUGUUGACCAAAUUUACCAAGCUGUGUGAGUUCCCCAUGCUGGAAACAGGCCUGUUCUUCCUCCUUUCUUGGAGCGCUUUCCUAUCUGCAGAGGCUGCCGGCCUAACAGGGAUAGUGGCUGUUCUCUUCUGCGGAGUGACACAGGCACAUUAUACCUACAACAACCUGUCUUCGGAUUCCAAGAUAAGGACAAAACAGUUGUUUGAAUUUAUGAACUUUUUGGCCGAGAAUGUCAUCUUCUGUUACAUGGGCCUGGCACUAUUUACGUUCCAGAAUCAUAUCUUUAAUGCUCUGUUUAUCCUGGGAGCCUUUCUGGCGAUUUUUAUUGCCAGAGCUUGCAACAUAUACCCUCUCUCCUUCCUCCUGAAUCUGGGCCGGAAGCAGAAGAUCCCUUGGAGUUUUCAGCACAUGAUGAUGUUUUCAGGUUUGCGAGGAGCCAUUGCCUUUGCCUUAGCCAUUCGGAACACAGAAUCUCAGCCCAAACAAAUGAUGUUCACCACCACACUGCUCCUGGUGUUCUUCACCGUCUGGGUGUUUGGAGGCGGCACGACUCCCAUGCUGACUUGGCUUCAGAUUCGAGUUGGCGUGGACUUGGAUGACAAUCUGAAGGAGGAGCCCCCCUCACACCAGGAAGCAAAUAACUUGAAUAAAAGCACGACCAAAACCGAGAGCGCGCAGCUCUUCAGGAUGUGGCAUGGCUUUGACCACAAAUACCUGAAGCCAAUUCUAACCCACGCAGGUCCUCCGCUGACCACAACGCUCCCUGAGUGGUGCGGUCCAAUUUCCAGGCUGCUCACCAGUCCUCAGGCCUACGGGGAGCAGCUGAAAGAGGAUGAUGUGGAAUGCAUUGUAAACCAGGAUGAGCUGGCCAUGAAUUACCAGGAGCAAACCUCCUCACCCUGCAGUCCUCCUGGGAGGCUGGACCAGGAGCAGAAACCUUCACCCCAGACCCCGAGCAAGGAAAACAUUUAUGAGGGAGACCUUGGCCUGGGAGGCUAUGAGCUCAAGCUUGAACAGACUCUAGGUCAAUCCCAGAUGAAUUAAUUGGCAUUGAGAGUACAGAUGUCAUCACGAAGAAUGCAAGGCCACGGAGGAACACAAGCCAAGCUGACAAGACAGGAUGAGGGGAAUGUAGAAACAGCAUAAAUUGGAGAGAAUCAAAACCCUGUCAGAUGUAUCCUCCGGUGCCUGCAGAAAUGAGAAUUUAUUACCAUCCUUCUGUGUUACGCAACUGAAUUUAAUUGUUUGACAGCAGCCAUUGUUAUUACUGUAAUGGGUGGGAUUUGGGGAUGGGGGGGCGGGCGGACAGCUGUAGUAAGAAUGAACCAGAUGUGCCGGUCUGCGGGUUCCACCCUGUAGGCAGGUCAUUUGGAUUUGGGAUUCUGUUCCCUUCACCAGGGAGAGUUCAAAAGCAAGAAGAGGUUCUGGGUGUAAAAAAUGUUGCCCCUAAGCUAAGGGAAUGUUGUUGCUCCGUUUGGUCUUUAUAGGGCUUGGCUCCCACUUGCUCAAAAUGAUCUAAAUGACCCCCAGGCUGUGUGCAGAGCCAGUUCAGUGCUCACCUGCUACUGAGGGCUACACAGAGCCCACACUGAGUUGGGAAAGCUCCUGGUCUUGCUGGUAUCCUUUCCACGUCGUUUCUCCCUUUGAUCAAAGGGAGUUGCUUACUGCUUGGGUGUGCCUUGAUACGGCUUCUUCCAGGAACAUCUGGUCUAUUUAGCCCAAACCAUGCUUCAUCGGAUGAAUGACCAACCCAUCCUCACUUGCAUGUGUGCCACUUUUUGGCUCUGCAGCAUCCCCUGUGUAUACGGGGUCGUAGAACCCACAGCACGUGUUGUUUCCCACAUGGCAGGAACAUGUGUAAGAGCCUGGACUGGCCUACACAUUUCUGUAAUCGUAACUGAAUAGCAGCACAAGGGCAGGGGAUGGGGGAAGAGCUGAGAACACACAGAGCCCAAUGAAGAAAAGCAUCAGGGCCUCCCCUGACAAGGUGUGACUCAAGGCCCACAUUCCAGGGACCAACUCCAGAGCUUCUAACUCAACUGCAUGACCUGUGCCUUUCAAGCCAUAAACAUACCUCAAACCUUGCUUCUCCGGAAAGACAGAUGUUAGUAUUAGAUCCAGUGAUGCAAGUGCCCAGGCUAUGAUGAGCUUUCAAGGGAGACAGGGAACGCCGGCUUCCUCAGGCCAGAGCUUAAUAGUAAUGUACGCUUCGCUGACCACUUGUUAGGCCUUAAGGAUUAGCCACGGUGGUGUCAGGCACACUGCUAUACGCAUCAAUCUUCUUGUUUUCCAAACAGUAGACUCUGGGGCACAAGUUGUUUUAUAUACGUAAGUAUACUCUUGUCAUUUCAGGUAAAUAUAGCAAGUGGUAAAGCAUGAAGUUUUUCUAAUUUGA